AGAGAAGGUUUCCUUUGCUUUCAUUCUUUCCUUCAUUUUGAUGUUGCAUAAAUACUUGAAUAUACUAAAUACUUGAAAAUACUGAUGAACAGAUAUGACUACAUUAUGAAUUUAAAAAUUUAUUUUAAAAUGGCGAAAAUUAAAAACUCUUGUAUUAAGCUGCUUGUUAUUGAAAUUUCGGUAAAUGCUUAUUCAAAUCGAAGCAAUUUUAAAAAAACGGUCUUGGAUUUGCUUUAGGUUUUUUACUUUACUUCAUUUCAUUUUUAUAACUGGCAAUACUUUCUUAGAUCCCGCGCAUUUCUGAAGUCCCGUGUUUGUUUGAACUGUCAUUUGUUAUAAUCAAAAGUUCUUUGAUUGUAAUAUGCGUGAACGUUGACAGACAGAAUUUAAUUUCGAAUAAUUGGUGAUAUUAUUUUUUGUGGUUGUGUUUCUCAUAAUCUAAAAUAGACCGUUUGACAAAUAACAAAUAGAAAUCAAAGAUGUGGAAUGAAAUCAAUGUAUGCAAAACUGAGAAUUUUCUUAAUUCAUCAGUUACACAAGAUUUUUCAGAAACUAUUUUGUUAUCAUCUUUGGAAGUGGAUACUUUAGCUACGGUAACUAGUACUCAAAAGGUAUUCAACAAACCAGCACUGUGUUGCACUUCUUCUCCACUCUAUGUAAUUAUAAGUCUGGGAAGUAGAGUAUCUAUUUAUAAAGCAGAUUGCUUUGAAUUCAUAUGGGAUAUAACAUUAGUUAGUGAUGCAACAUUGCUCUCAUUAUCAGACGAUUCUCAAUAUUUGCUAAUUGCUGAAAGCAAUGGAUUGUUUAAUCUGUUCCAAAUUCCUACCAAAAAGAAUUUAUGGUCUCAUGUGUGCUCUACAGUCAGAGUUGAUAGCAUAACUAUCAAAAAUGCUUUCCUCAGUGUAGAUUUAUCAGGCUUCUUAAGAAUUCAUAUUUUCUCAGAAGAAAAUAUUGUAUUUAUUUUCUCAAAUAUUGAAAUUUCAGGAUUGGAUGAUGGUGAGGAAGAUAAUACCUGUUCAGAAGCAUUUGAUGAUGUUCAUGUUGAAGAAAUAGACUUGCUACAUUUGUAUCCUGAUUUUAAGAUUGUUGGAGCCUUUCAAACUUUUCGCAGUGUGUAUUCUGCUGGAUUGCUUGCACAAAAAGAAACAUUUAGAGAUCACAUUUUAUAUCCCAAUUCUUAUAGUAUUGCAGAAAUAGCUGAUAAUUAUUAUGCUGCUGAUUGGGAAUUCUGUCCACAGGAGCAGGAAUUUUCUGUCUUGCUUGAUGUCUCUUUUGAUGGUCAUAUAUUGAAAGCAGUAUGUACUCAAGAUGGUAGAUAUAUCGUUCUUCUGAAUGACAUGGUAAGUACGUCUUUAUUUGAGCAACUGUUAUGAGCAUCAAAAAGAUGUAUUGUGUAUGAAAGGGAAGCACUUUAAUAUAAAAUGUAUAUUAACAAACAAACAAACAAAACAAAACAAAAAAAAAAAAAAAAAAAAAAAAAAAAAAAAAAAAAAAAAAAAAAA